GCAGUACAGCAGGAGAGACAAAACCUGGACGACAUUCUACUAUGCACAACGCGCACAGUUAUCUAGAACACCACCAUGGGUGACCUUCAUUCCAGGUCUACACGGCAGCUGCAGCAUGAUCUUAACCAUAACGUGAAGACGCUUGCAGCAGCCAUCAAGAUCGCGGACACCCAGCUGCAACAGAUGGACACCCGCAUUGCUGCUCUGGAGGCAAGGCCUUCCCAAGCAGUGCCAGGCUGCACGACAGACACGGCGAAACAGCUCGGCGAGCGCAUCAACCAUGUCGUCAAUCUCAUCGGCGAACUAGGUGAUUUCACUAGUCCGCCCACGAUCAGCAGCACGGUGGCCGCCAUCAAGACGGACAUCACCAAACUGCAGACAAGACCGGACACCGCUACAAAGAACUACAAGAUGCCGCACUUCAACAUCAGCAAGUUUGACGACUACAACAAGACAGACGCCUUGACAUGAUGAAGGCGCUCUACCUCCAACUGAUUGGAGGAGCACAGGCAUGGAUGAACCAUCUUGCGGCCACCAAG